CGGAUACUACUACGACUCUUGAUUGGCAGCGUCGCCUGCGUCUCGUUGUGCUCAUGUGAUAUCAUUCUGCGCAUCGCUUCAAUGAAAUUGACAUAUAUAUUAUACAUCGCGAUAGACUCUGUACAUUUUACUCUUCCAUCCGAUUCCCGUGGCUAUCCGCUAGUGGAGUACGUACAACGGGUCGUUCCGACGGAUGCGGAUCCUCGGAGCGGAUAGACUGAAGCAGCCAGGACAACACCAACAUGGGAUCGAUCGUGUUCAACAAACUAGAGGUUUUAAUCACUAGGUGCUGUCCUUCUUUCUGUUUAUUAUACUCAUUCUCUUUGAGCUUCUGAUCAAUACCUAUCCAAACCUAAUCACUACAUUUCAUCAUGUCACCACAUGCCAUCCCAGCCGAGGCCAACCCCUUUAUAGACCUCAACAAGUUUUCAGUUACUCGGAACGCUUUCUUGCCCGCCCAUAGCCCUUGCGAAGUCCUCUCAGAUAACUGCUAUCAGCCGUGGGAAAUAAUAGCUCAACACCUGCCGCAACACAUUGAGAGGGGCAGCAUACGGAGGGCUGUUCAAGACUUGCCUGUUCUACCCACUGAUCGCUUACGGUCACUAUCAGAAUGGCGUCGGGCAUACGUUAUCCUCGCUUUCAUGACACAUGCCUACGUCUGGGGCGGUGAUCAGCCCGAGCAAAUCCUCCCUCCGCAAAUCACAAUUCCCUUCCUCCAAGUAUCAGAACAUCUCGAGCUCCCGCCCGUGCUCUCCUAUUCUGCCGCCAACUUGUGGAACUUCGCGAGCACCAGCGACGAUUUCACCGAUCUGACCAGCCUCCGUACGCUCUGCUCGUUCACAGGCACCGAGUCCGAGUCAUGGUUCCUCCUGAUCAGCGUCGCCAUGGAGGCGAGGGGUGCCGAGAUCAUCAACACCAUGACAGAAGCCAUUGGCGCUAUCAGGACCCGCGACUAUGAGACGAUUACAACAGCGCUGGAGCAGCUGCGGGAUUGCAUCCGAGGGGUCGGCAUACUGCUGGACAGAAUGUACGAGCGCUGCGAUCCCAUGACUUUCUACCACAAGAUCCGGCCCUUUCUCGCUGGCAGCAAGAACAUGGCUGCUGCCGGGCUACCGAAAGGGGUCUUCUACGACGAGGGAAACGGGGAAGGAGAGUGGCGCCAACUUCGCGGCGGCAGCAAUGGGCAAUCGUCCAUGAUCCAAUUCUUUGACGUUGUCCUUGGCGUCGACCACAAGGGCAAUGGCGACAGCUCAACGGCGCCAGUCGAAAAGAGCUUCCACGCCGAGGUCCGAGAGUACAUGCCUGGGCCUCAUGCUCGAUUUCUCGUGCACGUGUCUCGAAUGGGCAGCAUUCGCGAGUUGGCGCUGUUGCCCCCUUCGACCCCUGGGCAGCAUCGCCUUCGCGCAGCCUACACGGCAGCAACGGAGGCUCUGGCAGAGUUCAGAAACAAGCAUAUCCAGAUUGUGACGAGGUACAUUGUGCUCCCUUCGAGACAGUCUACCAGCAAUGGGGCGAGGAGGAAUCUUGCAAGCUCGUCGUCGACGCAAAAGACGACGCAAGAGUUGACAGGCACAGGGGGGACAGCUCUGAUCCCUUUUCUAAAACAGUCCAGGGACGAGACGGCCUUCGCUGGACAAUUGGACCAAUAGCAUACUAGAUUCAUUACAUAGACACAUACAUGUACAUAGGCAAUUCACAUGGCUUGGCAGGCCGCCUCGCGGAUAAUGACAGCAUGGACAACUCGAAUAGCUUGGAAGUGUGAGCUUCAACCCUUGAGCAGUUCGCUGGCAC